AUGAAGACCUCCAUGAUCCUUUCCUCUUUGGCCUUGGCCCUCCCUGCCUUCGCUGCCCCUGUCACUUCGUCCUCCUCCUCCACCGCCUCUGGCUGUGUUGCUAAGGACAACGCUUGCCGUGCCAGCGACCCCGUUACUGGCCUUUCCGCCAACCAGGCCCAAUGCUCUGCCGACAACGCCGCCUGCAAGGGAACCACCCGCGGCUCUGACGGCCUCUCUGCCAACAUGGCCCAGUGUGCCGCCGACUACGCCGCCUGCCUGGGCGAGAACCCCUUCUCCAAGCGCUCUGCUCCUUCCGGUGCCUUUGGCGGUAUCGCCAUCCACUCUGGCUCCGACAUCCAGUUUGCCUCUGUCAACGCUGCUGGCUCCAAGUUCUGGCUCAAGAAGGACACCAAGACUUACUGUCCUGAAGUCGUGGGCUCUGCUUGCCCCAACACCACAAGCACACAAUUCGUUGGCGGCGACAACACACUCAGCCUUGACACUAUUGUGCCCGGCGGCCAGCAAAUCUACGUUGCCGUUGAUGGUACAUUGAGCUUUACUGCUCCUCACUCUGCUUCCACUGGCGCUGCUGGAUCGAUGGUUGAGGGCUUCAGCCUUGCUCAGAACGGUGAGCACGUCCAGUUCCAAGGCAAUGAUUGGCUUGCUUGUCCUAGCGAGGGUGGUUCUUACGCUGUCUAUGCUGCUGCUAUUGCCCAUGAUGCUUCUGCUUGCACUGGCUUUGCUUUCAGAGUUGCCGACUCCACUCUUCCUGCUGCUUGGGAGUACAACUAA